AUGUCUUACCACAGGGAAAGCUAUGUCUUUGAUGCCGGCCCGCUGGGACAUAUUGAAGGGUUGACCAUAACCUCCAACGACACACCUAUUCUUCGCUACUUUGGCGGCGUACCUUACGGCUUACCACCGAUCGGCCCCUAUCGAUUUCGCGCUCCCCGCAAGUUACCAUCAUUCUACAGAUAUGGUACCAAGGCGAACCCCGGUCGUUUCACAGGUGGUGCAGCAAUAUGUCCGCAACCUCCUAGUCGGGUACCACCCGAUCCGGCUCUCUUCGACGAGAAUUGUCUGCAGCUCAACAUCUGGAUCCCGGCCGAUGAGCCCGAGAAAGGUUCAUGGCCGGUACUAUUCUAUCUCCAUGGAGGUUUCUUGCAGUGGGGAAGCCCCAAUUGGCGGCCCGAAGCAUUAGUACGCUUGAUCGGCGAAUCUGCCUUCAAGGGCAUCGUGGUGAUGCCAGCGUAUAGACUGAACGCGCUUGGCUUCUUGACCGGGAAAGAGCUUGCCGACGAGGCUGAAAGCGGUGAUGGAGGUCCAUUCGGGAACAUGGGCUUUUGGGAUCAACGGGCGGCUUUGGAAUGGACCGCCAAGAACAUCUCAUCCUUUGGAGGCGAUCCUGACAAUAUCACAGUCGGUGGUUAUUCGGCGGGAGGAUUUUCGGCCUUCCAGCAGCUCGCACAUGAACUCUACCAGAGAUCCGACGCAGAGGCCAUCAUCAAAAGGGUCUUGAUGCUAUCCAACAGCCCGGGCGUCGAACCAAAGUCCAUCCAGGAACACCAAAAGCAGUUCGACGAGUACAUCUCGAGACUUGGCAUCCCUAUCGACCUUGAUGCAGAGCAAAAGCUAGAACAACUUCGAUCUCUGCGGUAUCAAAACCUGAUAGAGGUCCAGAAAGACAUGACGGUCUCCGAAUUUCGGGCUUUGGCCGACGGGCAGUUCUACCCCCGCGAUCUUAUGGGCAGGAUCAACGACGGCGACUUCGCCAAGAGGAUGAAGAGCCGUAACAUCAGUCUGCUGAUGGGCGAGUGUAAAGAGGAACACAACGUGUAUCGCAACUGGCGCACCCCCAAGAACACCUACUCGGGCGUCUACGCGCGGCUAGCCGGGGAAUAUUCCGAAAAGGUGGCUCAAAAGCUCAUGGAUCACUACUGCGGUCCUUCGCAGUCUCUCCCAUCGCGCUACGAAGAUUGGCAGGACCUUUUUGGUUACAUUUAUGCGGAUAUUCAAGUUCACUGCCUCGAGCGGGGAUUUCUACAUGCGCUCUUCAAGGGCGGUCUGGAACCGGGCAAAGAUGUGUUCCGAUACCGUUUUGAUCGACGGUUGGAAUGUGUGGCUGAGACGAUGCCUGUUGAGUGGGGGGUGACACACGCGACCGACGUGGCUAUCUGGUUCUGGGGUACUGACACCUCCAAAGGGCUGACGAGCCAGGAGAAAUCGUGGCUAGGAGCUUGGAACAAAGAGUUUGCGGCCUUUGUGGAAGGCAAGUCGGUGCAUUGGGGGCCAACCAGGCCCAAGGAAAUGAGAAGGUGGAGGAGUGACGGCGAGACAGAUGUGUGGGAAGAUGACAGGUGGGAAGAGGGUCUGGAAGUCUGGGAGUUAUUGAACGGCGGAGAUUCAUCACGACUGUGA